CUCGGGGCUCUGCCGGCCGCGCCUGGAGCGCGGGGUGUUUGACGGGCUGCCGUGCCGCUCCGGCACUGCCGUUCUUGCGGCGCCCCACUCCGCCCAUGGCCUCCGCGCUGGAGGACCCUGUCUUGAUUCGGCCCCUCCGAGGCCACGGAGCGGCGGUGACGGGCGUCGCCUUCAACGCAGACGCCGCGGGGCUGGCUACCUCCUCUUUGGAUAGGUUUCUUAUGGUGUGGAGGCUGAAGGCCCAAUGCAGAGCUUACAGAUUUGUAGGCCAUGCAGAAGCAGUGACCAGCAUACAGUACUCGCCGGAUGGGCAGCUGCUUGCUUCAGCUUCUCGGGAUCGUACUGUCAGACUAUGGAUUCCUUGCAUUCAUGGAGAAUCAUCGGUACUGAAAGGUCAUACAGCGUCUGUUCGUAGUGUGAGCUUCUCUCAGGAUGGCCACUUUCUAGUUUCAGCAUCCAAUGAUAAAUCAAUAAAAAUAUGGAGUGUUUGCCAUCCAUGCCUUUUGUUUUCCCUAUUCCAACACACUCACUGGGUUUGCUGUGCCAAAUUUUCACCUGAUGGAAGACUAAUAGCAUCUUGCAGUGAGGAUAAAUCUGUUAAGAUCUGGGAUACAAGAAAUAAAACUUGUAUUGAGAGCCUCUUGGAUUAUGAAGGAUUUGCAAAUUUUGUGGAUUUCAAUCCAAGUGGUACGUGUAUAGCUUCUGCUGGUUCCAAUCAUGCAGUGAGACUGUGGGAUAUUCGAAUGAACAAGCUACUGCAGCAUUACAAAGUUCACAGAGCAGGAGUUAACUGUGUAUCAUUCCAUCCUUCUGGUAACUAUCUCAUCACUGCUUCUGAUGAUGGUACCCUUAAGAUUUUGGACGUGUUAGAAGGAAGGCUUAUUUACACUCUUCAUGGACACAAGGGACCUGUACUUUCUGUGGCUUUUUCAAAAAAAGGUGAAAAAUUUGCCUCAGGUGGAGCAGAUGCUCAGGUAUUACUAUGGAAAACCAACUUUGAUUCUUGGGAUCAUAAAGAAGUUCUUAAACACCAUAUUAGAAGAACAAAUCUUGAUGAUCCUCCUCAUCUUCUUGAUAUUUACCCAAGGUCACCUCAUCUCCAUGGUGAAAAAAUUCAGUCAGUUGAGGUCAACCCUACCUUUGUGAGUAAUACACAAGCACUUGACCCGCCUGUCAUCGAAAUUAGUUCCUCUUCAUCUUUCAGUACUCCGGAUUAUGUCAUCAGUGAAGAUGCGCAGAAUCCCUCUGAUUCAGUCUUGGCAACAAGUUCAAAAAGGAAGUCAGAGAAUGAGAGUGAAUCAGCUGUGCCUAAUGUGGGCAAGCAAACAGGCAUCUCCCCCUCCCUGGGUAACACUUUGGAGCACAUUGUGGAGCAGCUGGAUGUUUUAACUCUACUCUGGCCGCUGUUCUGCUGUCCUUCAUGUCACCCUGGAACUGAGGCAGCACUCCACUGACUGGCUGGUCUUUAUCACCAGAUUUUCCAAAUGCUCAGCACCCGUAACACUGCAGCGGAUUUUCAGGAGCAGGCAGCCAUCAGCUAUGGUAAUUAUAGUGAGGGCCAAAUUCUCAACAGCGCUUAGCAUUUUGCCCCAAAUCUGGUCCCAGGCGUGGAUACACAGUGCUUUCCUGCAGAAAUCACAGCCCCAAGUUUGGGAGUCACCUAAUUCUGUGCCCCACAGAGGAGUCCCAGCUGGGAAGUGUGUGGUCAGGAUGAAGGUGGGAGGUAGGUGCCUUUCACACACGGUAAUGCUGGUUUAUGACGCAUGGGGUGCCACAGGACAGAAAAAAUGAGAAUCCAACUAUUACAGAAUGAUAGUUAUGAACAGGAGGAAUCCGUAAAUACAAUAUGCAUUUUAUGUUAAUAAAAUCAUGUGACUGGCCCAAUGCAUAUAGGGUUUGAUGUGAAAUAGCCACUUAAGUUUUGGCACAUUAUAGCUAAACAUACUGGAGCAGGUCUUUAAACCUCGGGCCCCUAAAUUGCUCUUAAUGAAUCUCCAAAAAGUACCUAACGAAACCAAGAUUUAGAUGCUAAGAUCUUAAAUUUCCAUCUAUAUUACUACUGAAAGAUGCUUAGAGCUGCACAAAUUCAAAACAGUUGGGAAAAAAAAAUCACUGAAACAGAAUUAUAAUCAACCUUAAAAUAGUAGUUUUCAAGACAGUAAUGAAUAAAGGCAGUUGUAAAAGUAGGUUUUUUGAACUUCUGCCUCACCAAAGGCAAAGCCAAGGGUAAAAUAAUGAAAUCACUGAAUGCAGGAUUAGGGUUAUCUAAGGGCCUCUGUCCCUUCUAAUUGACCCUUGAAAACUAUCCUGCCUAUUUUGGGAGCAGAGUAAAUGAAGGCAGCUCACCAGUUCUGAGACUAAUACAAACAAAUGUUAAACAGACGAAAAAGAAACCCCAACGGAGCAAACAAAGAAAAAGUCCCCGAGCCAAAACCAAGCAAGCAACCAAAGACCCCUGCCAGUCCCUCAAGGUAGGCAAGGUCGCUCCUGAUUGACAGGCAGGUGAAGCUGCUCCAGGUCAGAUGUGAUGCGGAAAGCCAUGACAACACAGUGACGGACCACUCUGGCACGUGGGGCUCGGUUUGAGUACAAGCCCUUACUCCUCAGCUGUAUUUCAGUGCUUUGCUAUCAUGGCCCAGGCUGCCAUCCCCCAGCUGUACAGAAACUGCGCUCACAGUGUACCUGAAUGCUUGCACAGCACCCCACCGCAUGGCAGUUGCUGGAGCUCUGCCCUGCCAAGGUCAGUGGGAAUUUCUGUCACUGACUUUGGAGCAGGCAGGAUUUCCCCCCAUGGACACACACACCUCCUCCCGGAUGCAUGUGCAUAUGAGUGUUUGUGUAUAUACAUAAGCUUUACAGUACAAAGUACUUACAGGAAGGCAUCUUCUCUCUUUAAACAUUUUACUUCAACUUCACGUUGUGUGAAGUCAGACCCUAACUGUCACAGCUGCAGUUUCUCACAGCUUAAUGGCAUUACAAACCCUUCUUGCUCCGGACUGCUGCAAUAACAAUCAGGCUGGGAGGAAGGGGAAAUGAGCAGUGUAGCACACGCUGUACCUUCCAGCCACCAGCUAUUGUUAAGAGCACACUGCUCCAGACAGAGUGGCAGCGAGGCACAGGGUGGGAAGCAGGUGUAACCUGCCAGGAACACCAGUCUAUCAACAGUUGACUUAAUUCAAACAAGUACCACUACUUCUGAGCUGCCUCUUGCCACCAAGCUGAAAGAGGUUUUACAUUCCUGUUGCUCAACACUUGAAAGUUUAACAAAUGCCUUUAUGGCAAACCAAGAGGUCAUUUUCUCAUGUCGGCACUUUGGUCAUUCAUCUGCAGAGUCACCAACCAUAACAUAGCAUUUCACCUGCAACAGUUUGCUCUAGGAGGCAUGUUUCCAGAUGCUUUGCUAUGGUUUGGGUUCUUUACAGAACUGCAAUCUCUCCUCCUUGCUUGUCCUGCUUGUCCAGCUUGUUCUUCUCCCAUUCUCUUCAGAAAGUCCCACUAGC